CAUGAUACAUGGUCGUUUUCACUUCCUAUUUGUACAGAUUUGCUCGUGCCGGGGGUGUUUUUCUGAGUGAUUUGGUGCACAGGCAUCCAGGGCGCUCUGUUGCAGAAUGCCAUCCAACAAGAGCGUAUCAGAUGCACCAAUCACCCAGUUCAUCAACUGCAGGAUCCUAAGGAACCACAGGAUACAGAGGGAAGACCUUUGGGUGAGGGAGGGCAAGAUUCUUGACCCUGAAAAGCUUUUCUUCGACGAGCAAGGAUGUGCAGACCUGAGGAUCGACUGCAAUAACAACAUAAUAGCACCUGGGUUCAUAGACGUGCAAAUAAAUGGUGGAUUUGGUGUGGACUUCUCUCAGGCCAGCAAGGACAUCAGCAGCGGCGUGUCCUUGGUGGCCAAGAAGAUUCUAGAACAGGGUGUCACGUCCUUCUGCCCCACCCUGGUUACUUCACCGCCAUCAGUUUACCACCAGGUUCUCCCCCAGAUCAAAGUACAGAAUGGGGGUGCCCACGGAGCUGGAGUGCUCGGUGUUCAUCUAGAAGGCCCCUUCAUCAGUGAGGAGAAAAAAGGUGCUCACCCUCCCAAGUUCCUGCGCUCCUUUAAGACAGGUGGAGUGGCCGACCUAAUGGAGACCUAUGGCACGCUAGACAAUGUUGCCGUGGUAACCCUGGCCCCGGAGCUUGAGAACAGUGGGCCUGUCAUCCAGGAGCUGGCACGGAGGGGCAUCACCGUCUCUGUGGGCCAUUCCAUGGCUGACCUAUCCCAGGCCGAGGAAGCUGUGAUCCAGGGAGCCUCCUUCAUCACCCACCUCUUCAAUGCCAUGCUACCUUUCCACCAUCGCGAUCCGGGUAUAGUGGGAUUGUUAACCAGUGACAAGGUGCCGGCGGGCCGCAGAGUGUUUUAUGGGAUGAUUGCGGAUGGGAUACACACACACCCUGCAGCGCUCCGUAUCGCACACAGAGCCCAUCCCACAGGUCUAGUUUUGGUGACUGAUGCUGUGACGGCGAUGGGUCUGCCCGCCGGUCGUCACACAUUGGGCCAGCAAGAGAUAGACAUCCAGGGCCUACAUGCCUAUGUAGCAGGGACCAAUACACUUAGUGGGAGCAUUGCUACCAUGGACAUGUGUGUGAGACAUUUCAAAAAAGCAACUGGUUGCUCAGUGGAGGAUGCCCUGGAGGCGGCCUCACUACGCCCUGCAGAGCUGCUGACACUCAGCCAUCGCAAGGGAACACUGGACUACAACACUGAUGCAGAUUUUGUCAUCUUGGACGAUGCACUGGUGGUCCAGGAGACCUAUAUUGCGGGUGAGCUGGUCUGGAAGAAGUGAAAGAGAGUUGGAGUAUCCUGCACUGUACACACUACACCGGGCCUACUACAGCAUGAGCUGCUCCUGUGAUUGAGCAUUCCAGUGAACUCCUAGACAAGGGCUCGCCUCCAUGUCAUGUAAGGACCUACUACCUGCGAUGGCAAAUGCACACAAUAGGGACGUGUGCGUGUGUGUGUGAUUAUAUUUGUCUGGCAUUUCAGUUUGCCAAAAUCAGUAUAUAUCUCUGAGGUUCAAAACUAUGCAAAUGAAAAACAAUUGCAAUCUGUUCUGGAAGUGUGUCCUUCUCUGCACACAGCACAUUACUGUAAUAAGGGCAUGAGUCUGUCUGAAGGAUGCAGCAGACACAACUGAAUAUCUUUUCUAGUUUUUGCUCAAUUAAAAGAUUUCCGAAAGAACAGCCACUUAACAUUUCAGAGCAAUCACCCUUUCAGUGUAAUGACUGAAAAGGUGCACUUUGAUUUCAACAUUAAUCCAUAUGCUGUACGGUGACCUGAAGGCAUUGUUUUUGUUAUAUUUCUACAUUUCUUGUUAAUGUGACAUGUAAUAGAUUUGUAUCAAACUUGUGUCAUGAUAUUUUCAUAUAAAGAUGUUUUUCAAUCCUACUUUUCCUCUGCUAGUGUGCUGUGAUGAGUUGUGAGGUGGUGAACAGGGACAAAGACAUGGACUGACAGGUCUGUGAACCUGAUGACACUUGUCU